ACAACAAACUGGUGGUGUGGAGGCACUUUUUCUGAGCUGGUCAGCAAUAGUUUCUCGGUCACAUCUACUUUCAAGAGUUCGGCACCAGCCUAGCUGUGGAUCUUUUGUGUGCGGCUCGCACCACUCGAAUAAUACCUUACUGACUGGGGUUUCGAUAACUGCGCCCAUGCUGAUGGCUCCACAGCAAGAGUGGGUUUAGUUUUCUAGAAUGCUCUCGGGCUGGUGUAAGGCAGGACAACCUGCUUUGUUUUAUUUAGGCCGUUGGCAGACCUUGGCCAUGUUGCCUAUGGAGGAGUAUAAUGUCUCCAAUAAGCGGUAUAACAAGUCUGCAGCGGAAUGUUUUGUGGGGAUAUGAGCGAUGUGCGCGUCAUGUGCGGUGCAACUCGGAAAAAGACACAACACCUCGCCAAGAGGCAACCAAUAACCAAACCAGCUUGAAGGGCUGCCUACUUCUGUCGGCACGUCAGUCGGGGCAAGAAGCUGCUUAUCUGUGCUAUACGUCGAAUUAUCUUGCUCGGCGCAAAUCGACAACAUUGCCACGAUAUGUCAGAAUUGUGCGUUGGAUGAGUAACGGUGCGACAAAAAUGUCUAAUGGCACCCUUCCCCAUGCUUCCCACCACUGGACUGAAAUUUGCUGCACCGAUCCAUCGAAAAAAGUUUUUUUGAGAAUCGGUACAACCUCAAGUCAAGGCGACAGUACUUUCGCUUUGUUUACGUUUUUCAUGCGGGCCUCAAUAGUACAUCACCCCCAUGCCCCCGAUAGCAUAUUCCAACCGCCGGAACUCAGACUGAAAAGGAACAGGCCCAUGGAGCGAAACACCAGGAGAGAAGAAUAGAUCGGGAUGGUUGGGAUAGUAUGAGCCAAGUGUGCGUGGCAUGCAAUGGAUCGGGGGAGACCCUGGCAGGGAGCUGAAUAUGGCGAUGCUAAAGCUGAGCUGGUACAAAACAAAAAUCACAACAAACCUGGUGGGAGCCGAGCGCCAGGAAGGGCGGGAUGUUUGUCUGUGGUACACUGGGC